UUUCUCUUCUUUUAUCUCUGUAUUUUUAGUUCAACGUUUCCAAGAAGGAAGAAUCCUUGGUUGGGUCCUCCUGCAUUUAUGUUCAUCGGAUAAACAAAACAAAAAACAGUUUGAAAGAAAUGCAUCCCAUUAAAUAUGGUGCCCAUCCUCAUCUUCAACUGCAGCAGCAAUUCAUGGCUGAUGAUAACGAUUCUUCAUCUUCUUCAGUUUUCUUCAUUCCCAAUCCCCAGCAACAACAACAAUCUGUUUUCCCUUACCCUUUACAUUCUCAGCAGCAACACCAACACCAUGAGAAUCUUUCGCAGCAACAUUCGAGUCCAGUAACCCAUCAGCUUUUCCAACACCAUCAAGCUCAGUUUCAACCAUUUCGACACCCAGAAUCUGUUCAUCAUCAUACUCAUCAGCAACAUCUCUUUUCAGCUGUUAAUUUCAAGUUGGGUCUUAACGAGAAUAGUGGGGAAAAAGAGGUUGUUUUGCCUUUGAAUCAUCAACACAACGAAGCUAGUUUUUUCCAUGGAAAUCAGCAACAUGAACAUUCCCUUUUGGUUCCCCAUUGUUUGCAUCCCCAUGAAGAUUCUCCCAUGAAAGAACCCUUUUGGAAACCCUUAAACAAAUAUGAAGAUAGGCAGUUUGGUGAGCUUGAAGCAAUUUAUGGGCAUGGAAAAGGUGAAGGAAAAGCUGCUCAAGCUGGUUCUGGAUCUGCUCUCACUUGGGAGAAUUCACCUGCAAAUGUUUCCAUCUCCAUGCCCUUAACUGAGUUUCAUGGCCAUAAUAUAGGUGGCAAUGGUGGGGUUGGUAAUGGAUCAGAGAGCACUUCUAUUGUGAAAGAAGCUUCAUUGAGGAACAAGAUUCAAAAGAAGAGUAGGAAGAUGAAAAUGGAGGAAUUGAGUUCAAUGGUUGUGUUUUUUGGGAGCUUGGUGAAACAAGUGACUGAUCAUCAAGAGUGUCUCCACAAAAGGUUCUUGGAAGUGGUUGAAAGAAUGGAUAAAGAGAGGUCAGUGAAAGAGGAAUCAUGGAGGAGAGAAGAGAUUGAAAGACGUAAUAGAGAAGCCAUUGCAAGAGCACAAGAACAAGCUUUAGCUUCAAGUAGAGAAGCUCUCAUUGUUUCGUAUUUGGAGAAGAUUACAGGUGAAAGCAUCAGUCUUCCACAAAGGACUCCAUUGUUUGUGCAACCUGAAAGCACGAUUGUUAAAGCUGAUAACAAUGGCAGGUGGCCUAUAGCUGAAGUUGAGGCCUUGAUUCAAGUGAGAUGCAACUUGGAAUCAAAGUUUCGAGAACCUGGAUUAAAGGGUGCUCUUUGGGAGGAGGUGAGCUCUUUAAUGUCUUCUUUUGGUUAUCAAAGAAGCGCCAAAAGGUGCAAAGAGAAAUGGGAGAACAUUAACAAGUAUUUCAGGAAGAGCAAAGAGACUGGUAAGAAGCUCUCUCAGCAAUCAAAAACCUGCAGUUAUUUUUAUCAAUUGGAUCAACUCUACUCAAGAAUACCAAUUAACAGUGACAUUGAGAUCCAAAAGCAAGGUGAUUCAGACUUUUUGGAACCCUAUAUUCCUCAGAGAGACCUUAAAGUUUCUGAAAUGAACUCCCCAAAGUUGGAUUUUGAUGGCACAGUAGGUGAUAAACAAGGAAGCAACGUAAAGGACAAUGAAAGCCGUGAGAAUUACUCGGAGAAUGAUGGUAAUGUGCAAGAAGACGAUGAUAAUGACAGUGAUGGGGGAGAAUGAGAAUUGAGGUCAACCUCCUAAAGGUCUUCUACAAGAUGAGAGAGAUGACAUCAAGUUUGUAAGAAGAGCACGAACGGUUGUGACCCGAUUCUCACAUGCCUCUCUCUUCAUCUGAUUUUUCAGCAGUGACCAAUCCCACUUGUUUUUCUGCACCCUCUUUCAUUGCUUUUGCUUUUCAUC